UUCAUCACCUCUGAUAGCUCUAUAGCGAGCCAUAUCAUCAGGAUCUUACUCUCAAUUGUCAGUUCAAUGAAUCUAUUUUACCCCUUAAUAACUGUUAGCUGAUUAUUGGCCAAAGGCCUUUCCAUGCAGUCUUCAGUAAACAAUUGUGAUAAAUUAAACACUUGUAAUUUGAUUCAUUUAUUCAAUGGUUUCCAUCAUUCCGAUUGAGUUAAUAUUUGUGAAUUUGUGCAUUCCGUGUUUUUUCUGUCAUUUAUAUCCCACUCAUCACAUCAAAAGAUCUACUUCCUAAUCAUCCCAAAUCAACUGUUUAAAUUGCUAUGAAAAUGAAUAAACACAUCAAGAUUUCACUCUUAUUUCUAUUAAAUUUAAAAUCCUUAAUCGCUUUCUCUAUCUCACAACGAGAUAGUAUUCCCCGUUUAAUUGUUGUAUCUUUUGAUGGUUUCAGAGGUGAUUAUCUAACACCUAGCCUUACACCUACAUUAUGGGCGAUCAAACGUAACGGUGUUACUGGUCAAAUGUUUCCAUUAUUUGCCAGUAAAACAUUCCCAAAUCAUUUUUCAAUUGCCACUGGCCUUUAUGAAGAGUCUCAUGGAAUCGUUGACAAUCAAAUGUAUGAUCCGGAAUUUGAUGAAAUCUUUGAUAAAACUAAUUUAGACCAUAAGUGGUGGGAUAAUGGAUACUCUUUGCCGCUUUGGAUUGCUAAUGAAUUAUCCGGACAAACGAGUGGGGUCAUGAUGUGGCCAGGCUGUUGUACCGAAUAUGGAAAAUUAACUUCUACUUAUUGGCAUAAAUAUAAUGAAAGCAUGAGCUUUGAAGACCGUGCUGAUAUUGUUUUUGACUGGAUGACUCGACCAGAUAAUCCAGCCAAUCUCGUUUUCCUUUACAUUAACCAACCUGAUUCACUGGCACAUGUAUACGGACCUUUCUCAGAACAGGUCCUUGAGAUAGUGUCUGAAACAGAUAAAUUAGCUGCCUAUUUGCUCGAAGGGCUUGCUGCCAGAGAUCUCUUAGAGAGCACCAAUAUAAUAUUUUUAAGUGAUCACGGAAUGACUGAAGUCACCAAUUAUAAUACUAUUAAUUUAACAAAUGUCUUAAAUACUAAUUUAUUCCGUCACUUUGGCGAAUCCCAAACUGUUGGUAUUCUUCCUCGCGAAGGUAAAUUCAAUCAAGUUUAUCAAAUGCUUAGGAAAAAUGCACGGAAAAACCAUUACAAGGUUUACCUCAAGUCUCAAGUUCCUCAAGAAUAUUUUUAUCGUGACAAUCGACGAAUAAUGCCUAUCGUAAUAGAAGCAGAGCCUGGUUAUGAGGUUACUUUCUCUGAUUGGGUUCAUAAGACUCCAGCAUGGGGCAACCAUGGAAAUAACAAUACCCAGCCUGAUAUGAGAUCUGUGUUCAUAGGUGUUGGACCCAGCUUCAGAAAAGGCUUUGAACUGAAGCAGGUGUAUUUUUGUUUUAAAAUGGCUACUCAACAACCGUCAACGUCAACUAUACCGACAACAGUUACUCUAGUUCAAGACCAAUCUCCUCGGACUCAAGGUUGUAUGGUUCAUGCUAUUGAACACAGAUUCAUCAACUUCAUUAAGGUAAAGACAACAUCAUGUAGUUUAUGUGAAAAAUCAAUGAUUAUCGGAUUAAAGUGUAGACACUGCAAAUAUAGAUGUCAUCGAGAAUGUGUGGAUAAAGUUCCACCAUCCUGUGGUCUUCCUAACAAAUAUGUUGAUUUUUUUCGUGAGACCAUGAAGAAUGAAGGACGAAUAAUCAUCAACAACACAAGUCCAGCUGCUGAUGAAUCCAGAAGCGAAAGACUUCGUCAAAAUAGUCUUACCAUGAGAGAAUGGGACAUUCCAUAUGAUGAGCUUACAAUAGAAGAAAAAAUCGGCGCUGGUCGAUUCAGUACUGUAUAUAAAGGUAGAUGGCACGGUCUUGUUGCCAUCAAAACAUUUAAUUUGAACAAUUCCCUAGACGAUUGGAAAGCCUUGGAAGCCUUCAAACAAGAAGUAGUCACCUUCUGCAAAACACGCCAUGAAAAUUUAAUUCUAUUUAUGGGAGCUUGUAUGAAACCUCCUCAUCUAGCUAUAGUUACAAGCCUUUGUCAAGGACUAACCCUUUACACUCAUAUACAUUUGAGAAAAGAUAAGUUUAAUUUAAAUCGUUUAAUAAUGAUUGCUCAACAAAUAUGCCAAGGAAUGGGCUAUUUGCAUGCUCGAGGUAUUGUCCAUAGAGAUUUAAAGAGUAAAAAUAUUUAUUAUGAAAACGGCAAAGUGGUCAUAACCGAUUUUGGUCUUUGUUCCGUUACCAAAUUAUGUCACGGUAAUCGAAUCAGAGGCUGUUUAAAAGUACCUAAAGGAUGGCUAUGUUAUUUAGCUCCUGAACUAAUCAGAUCUCUUCAUGCAGAUAGUGAUCCACCUCAAGACUUAAAUGAUUUACCAUUUUCUCCAGCUACUGAUUUAUACGCUUUUGGAACUGUCUGGUUCGAGUUAUUAGUUGGUAGUUGGCCGUUUAUUGGACAACCUCCUGAAGUAAUUAUCUGGCAGGUUGGUAAAGGUCUUAAGCAACCAUUAACCAAUCUACGAGCACCGAGAGAAAUUAAAAAUAUUUUAAUGAUAUGUUGGGCAUACCAGCCUGAAGAUCGACAUGAUUUUAGCAAAUUGCAACUUUUACUAUCCAAAUUACCGAAAAAGAGAUUACAGCGGAGUCCAUCACAUCCUACAUAUCUUCUGCGUUCAGUUGAGUCUAUUUAAACAAUUAAAAACAACGAUUAAUAAAUAAAAAUAAUUUCUAUUUUACAAUAA